AUGGAGGUUGACGAGAAGCCAACUGAGAAGUACACCGACGUCGGUGGUCUCACCAAGCAAAUCGACGAGCUCCUCGAGGCCAUCGUAUGGCCCAUGAAGGAGGCGGACCGGUUCAAAAAGAUUGGCAUCAAGGCGCCAAAGGGCGCUCUGAUGUACGGCCCUCCCGGUACGGGAAAGACACUGCUUGCCAGGGCCUGCGCUGCACAAACUGAUGCUACUUUCCUCAAGCUUGCGGGGCCACAGCUCGUGCAGAUGUUCAUCGGUGAUGGCGCGAAGCUGGUCCGAGAUUGCUUUGCCCUCGCCAAGGAGAAGGCACCGGCGAUCAUCUUCAUCGACGAGCUGGACGCCGUCGGUACCAAACGUUUCGACAGCGAAAAGAGUGGUGACCGUGAGGUGCAGCGUACCAUGUUGGAGUUGCUUAACCAGCUCGACGGUUUCGCUUCGGACGACCGGAUCAAGGUCAUCGCUGCGACAAACCGAGUGGACGUGCUGGACCCCGCCCUGCUCCGAUCAGGGCGUUUGGACCGCAAGAUCGAGUUCCCGCUCCCCAACGAGGAGGCUCGUGCUCAGAUUCUCAAGAUUCAUUCACGCAAAAUGAAGGUGGAUGAGGCGACGGUCAACUUCUAUGCUUAA